AUGAACAUUGAUUUUAUAAAUGAUGACCAGUCUUAUACAAAUAAAAUAUCUUCAAUAAGCUCUGAAAUUGAUGAGUAUGACUCAAGUGAAUCUAUCGAAUAUGUGAAUAAGUUUUCUGAUUUAAAUGAAUCUUCUGUAAAUAAUAAUAUUGAUAUACAAUUAUCAAAUGAAAUGACUUGCACUUUAAGAUUAUUAAAUUUAGAAUCAAUAUGGAUUGAUAUGUGUGUGUCAAUUCAUGCUGUGCAUAUACUGGACAAUAUAAAAAUUAUGUUCAAUAUGGCCUAUUUUUCAAUUAAAGAUAGACUUAUAAAUCAAUAUCAAGAUCCUGACCGUUCUAAAGAAUUGAGAUAUCGUGCAAAUUAUAAUCAUCAUAAUAAUUUUAAAAUUGGAGAUGUAUUUGAUGAUAAAAGAUAUCGAGAACUUUUGUCUUAUAGAUUUUUUAAUGAUAAAUGA